AUGGAAUACCUUCAAAAAUGCUUUUACAAUACCACAGGAUGGAAUGAGGACAACAUCUUCUCAAACAUAACGGCGACUUCCCAGUCGCUCCUAGAGUUUAACAUUCCCAACGGGAUGAAGUUGGACAUUUCGUCAAAAUCCACGGAGCACCUGGCAUCCAGCUUCACAUUAACCAACCACCACUCGAUAAAUGGGUCAAUUGCAUAUUUAUACUCGUCAUUGGCAUUGAAAAACACGAUGGGGACGAAGGACGUUUCACUCCAAGAUGCCAUCUCAGGCUUUCGAAUCAUUGAGCCGAAGGAUUCGCUUAGCUACAACCCUCCAAAGGGUGGAAACGAUCGAAAUUCAAUGCUUUACGGGAGAAUGUAUUUCCCUGGAUCUGCUCUCGAGGCCAUGGUCAUCAAGAGACUCUCCUCGCAGACCCAGUUGCUCUUGAAAUGCAUCAGCAACCCUCAGCUCAACAAGAACGGGACAAUGAUCGUUUACUUACAAAAAAACACGCCGAAGUAUCUGCGAGAAUUUAUAUAUUCGACCAAUGAAGCGCUCUUCGGGUUUCGCUGCUUAUACAAUUUGAAUGGUGGCAGCACCAGCGGUGGGUCAGGGUCCCAAUUGAUACCGAAGUUCGAUAAUUCGGUUAUGUCUAUAGGGACUGAGGUUUGGUAUGCAGCGCUAAGCACAAGUCCUGGCCUCUCCACCGCCUUUAGGUAUUCUACCAGGUCAACUUCUACAGGUAAACCGUUGACCAUGACAUUAGCAUGUAACCCCAUAUUGGGCCAUAUAUCUUCCACUUACACGGUAAAGACCAGUGUUUCAUCUACGUUCAGCUCCAAAUAUGAUUUUAACUGGUUUUCGUAUGCAAGCAACCUCUCAUUAGGGUUUGAGCUAUACAACUACUCUAGUGAGCAUAAGAAGCAUAAGUUUGCGGACGACAUAUGGGGAAUUCACACUGACAAUGGGAAGAACCCCACAAUAGAACCAGCUACUAAUACCGAAAAUAACAAACGUAAAAGCAGUAGAAAACAGACUUCGUCAGCUGCAAAAGGACAAGAAAUGGGCCAGCAUACUCAAAUCGACCCCCUCACGUUUGAUCCAUACAAGGAUAAGAUGCCCAUUGUGAACCCAAUUCAGAACCUAGACAAUUACUAUCACAUAAACCCUACAUUGCUUCCCAGCAGGCACGAGCACGACCAGCUUUCAGACAGUAGCUUGCCAAUGGACUCGUACAAUGCGAGCGUCAUGACUGCCUUCCAAAAUCUUGUCAACGAGAGUGAUUUUGCAAGUGUUUUGAAAAUAUCCACCAGCAUGAACGAUAGAAUGCUCAAAGUGCUCUGGGAAGGUAGAUUUAAAGACUUUUUGGCCAGCACAGGAGUCCAAUUGAGCCUAAACAGCCAAACGUUGGCACCGGAAAUAGGUAAAUUCGGAUUAAGUUUAUCCUACGCGUGCUGA